GUGGGGGGCAGGGAAGUCAAUGGGGGCCCAGGGCGCUCGGCCGUGGCCCCGCCAGGUGGACGAUGACGCCACCUGUUGAACGGUGGAAGUGGAGAGCGCUUUAACAAAAACAAUCUAUAUAUAUACAAAGCUAUGCAAAACAGACGUUUCAGAAGAAGAAGAAAACAAAAAUAGAGUCAAAAUGAGUCCGUAAACGUGAAGUGCGAUGACACAACACUCGCUCUCCACUUGCGUCGGAUUUCUAUAGCGGCGGAGCGAGGAACACGUGCUUCGUGCUGACAUGGAUUUAGUUUUGACAAAUACACGGAAAUAACGCGACUUAUAUAACAAAACCCAUAACAUAGGGUUCACUUCCCACAUGAGUGUUGCUUGAAAACAUCAAUGUGGGUAACGAUAACGCCACACAAACGCCGCAUUGGCAGCUCAUGUCCGACAUCUCGAAGCAAUCUGAAACGACCGCUGAGCGGGGCCGCUCCUCGGAACGCGGGCUCCUGCGACGGGUCACUCUGUCAUAGGUCACUCUGUGACUGUGAUAGGUCACUCUGUGACUGUGACAGGUCACUCUGUGACUGUGACAGGUCACUCUGUGAUAGGUCACUCUGUGACUGUGAUAGGUCACUCUGUGAUAGGUUACUCUGUGAUAGGUCACUCUGUGACUGUGACAGGUCACUCUGUGAUAGGCCACUCUGUGACUGUGACAGGUCACUCUGUGAUAGGUCACUCUGUGACUGUGACAGGUCUCUCUGUGACAGGUCACUCUGUGACUGUGACAGGUCACUCUGUGACUGUGACAGGUCACUCUGUGAUAGGUCACUCUGUGACUGUGACAGGUCACUCUGUGACUGUGACAGGUCACUUUGUGAUAGGUCACUCUGUGACUGUGACAGGUCACUCUGUGACAGGUCACUCUGUGACUGUGACAGGUCACUCUGUGACAGGUCACUCUGUGACAGGUCACUCUGUGAUAGGUCACUCUGUGACUGUGACAGGUCACUCUGUGAUAGGUCACUCUGUGAUAGGUCACUCUGUGACUGUGACAGGUCACUCUGUGAUAGGUCACUCUGUGACUGUGAUAGGUCACUCUGUGAUAGGUCACUCUGUGACUGUGAUAGGUCACUCUGUGAUAGGUUACUCUGUGAUAGGUCACUCUGUGACUGUGACAGGUCACUCUGUGAUAGGCCACUCUGUGACUGUGACAGGUCACUCUGUGAUAGGUCACUCUGUGACUGUGACAGGUCUCUCUGUGACAGGUCACUCUGUGACUGUGAUAGGUCACUCUGUGAUAGGUCACUCUGUGACUGUGAUAGGUCACUCUGUGAUAGGUCACUCUGUGACUGUGAUAGGUCACUCUGUGAUAGGUUACUCUGUGAUAGGUCACUCUGUGACUGUGACAGGUCACUCUGUGAUAGGUCACUCUGUGACUGUGACAGGUCACUCUGUGAUAGGUCACUCUGUGACUGUGACAGGUCUCUCUGUGACAGGUCACUCUGUGACUGUGAUAGGUCACUCUGUGAUAGGUCACUCUGUGACUGUGAUAGGUCACUCUGUGACUGUGACAGGUCACUCUGUGACAGGUCACUCUGUGACUGUGACAGGUCACUCUGUGACAGGUCACUCUGUGACUGUGACAGGUCACUCUGUGACAGGUCACUCUGUGACUGUGACAAGUCACUCUGUGAUAGGUCACUCUGUGACAGGUCACUCUGUGAUAGGUCACUCUGUGACAGGUCACUCUGUGACUGUGAUAGGUCACUCUGUGAUAGGUCACUCUGUGACUGUGAUAGGUCACUCUGUGACAGGUCACUCUGUGACUGUGAUAGGUCACUCUGUGACAGGUCACUCUGUGACCGUGACAGGUCACUCUGUGACAGGUCACUCUGUGACUGUGACAGGUCACUCUGUGACUGUGACAGGUCACUCUGUGACAGGUCACUCUGUGACUCUGACAGGUCACUCUGUGACAGGUCACUCUGUCACUGUAACAGGUCACUCUGUGACUGUGAUAGGUCACUCUGUGACAGGUCACUCUGUGACUGUGACAGGUCACUCUGUGACAGGUCACUCUGUGACUGUGACAGGUCACUCUGUGACUGUGAUAGGUCACUCUGUGACAGGUCACUCUGUGACUGUGAUAGGUCACUCUGUGACAGGUCACUCUGUGACCGUGACAGGUCACUCUGUGACUGUGACAGGUCACUCUGUGACAGGUCACUCUGUGACCGUGACAGGUCACUCUGUGACAGGUCACUCUGUGACCGUGACAGGUCACUCUGGGCCUGUGACAGGUCACUGUGUGACUGUGACAGGUCACUCUGUAACCGUGACAGGUCACUCUGUGACAGGUCACUCUGUGACUGUGACAGUUCACUCUGUGACAGGUCACUUUGUGACAGGUCACUCUGUGACUGUGACAGGUCACUCUGUGAUAGGUCACUCUGUAAUAGGUCACUUUGUGACGGUGACAGGUCACUCUGGGCAGGUCGUUCAAUAUAAACGCGCUCUGGAGCAUACUGCACAUUGAUCUCGUACCACGUGACCUCACGAUUGUUAGCACAAAUGCAAUUCACAUUGGUGCUGUAGGUAUGUAAAUGAUCCAAAACAAGGUUUGAAAUUAAAUUUUGAUUUAAAGCUUUCAUGACUGCAGGGAUUCAUAUUCUUGGUUCUUUCGGUAAAGUCACGUAGA